AUCUCCAUCUUAGACUCGUCCUUCAAUCCACCACACAAUGCCCAUCUAGCUUUGGCGUCUGAACCUUUCCCGCCAAGAUCCGUGUCCGAAGAUUUGCCUUCAGCCUAUACCCAUCGCCUGCUCGUGUUCUCGACCACGAAUGUCGACAAAAAGCCAGCAUCAGGUGAUCCGACGUUGGAGCAGCGUGUGGAGAUGAUCAAAAUGCUCGCGUCGAAUGUGGGCGGCCCGGAAUCGAAAUCUCCAGCAGCAGUGGGAUUGAUCAACGAGCCUACUUUCGUUGGCAAAAGUCGGAUCAUCCAUUCCUACCUCCUGACAAGAGGAUUCAAAGAGAGACCUCAUCUGACAUUCAUAGUCGGCACCGACACGCUCACUCGUUUCUUCGAUCCCCGAUAUUAUGGCGCAGUACCCGGUGGUAUGAAUCAAGCUUUGGACAGAUUCUUCGUAGAGGAAGGCUCGAGUCUAGUGUGUGGCCGACGGAAAGGCGAGGAAGAAGUGGAAGCUGCAUUACUGAAGCGAGAGGAGAUCCGUCAGAGGGUAGACAACGGUCAAGUGCGAUUCUUCGCGGACGGCAGUGAAGACUGGGCAGGAGUGAGCAGUACUGAUGUACGGAAAGCGGUUCAGAGAGGUGACUGGGACGGAGUGGACCGGCUAGUGACGCCAGAAAUAGCGGCUUACAUCAAGGACCAAAGGCUUUAC